GUUCUAUCCGAAUAGGGCCCACAACUCCGCACUUUUCCCUUUCCCUUUUCUAUGCAAGAAGAUGAUCUUCUGAAGUUCUGAGGAAUCCCUGAAAACAAGCCCACCUCUUCUUUCCCUUAACGAAUAUCUUCUCUCUCUCUCUCUCCCUCCUCAUAUGCUUUUACAUUUCCUAUCCUUCGUCCGCAAUUCACGCUUGCUUGUUCUGUCCUCCAUCUGUUUCAGCUCCAAAAAAGGUCCUUUUCCUCUGAACCCCUAGUUCUCAGAAAUGCCUCAAUUUCCGAGGAAGAUUUCUGGGUUAUUCCGAAAUCGACUUGUCUUCUAAAAGGAAAAUUUAUCACUUUGGUCGUCUGGAAGCGUGGGUUCACUCCGGGCUUUCAAUUUUUCGCAAGUGGGUUUUCAUUUCGGAAGUCUCGUUGGAUUCUGGGUCAUCGAGAAAUCGGUCGGCAAUUUCCAACAAAGUAAAGGUUGGUGGUUUCUGGGUUUGAUUAAUAUUGAGUUUCUGCAAGUGGGUUUUUGGUAUUAGAGGUCCUGGUAAUGAGAUCUCUGGAUGAAUUUCAUGUAAGAGCGAGGUUUUGUUAUUGGGGUUUGUGUUGAAGUAUACGGAGAGAGAAUGAAAAGAGGGAAAGAUGACGAGAAGAUCAUGGGGCCCAUGUUCCCGAGGCUUCAUGUUAAUGAUACAGAGAAAGGAGGGCCAAGAGCACCUCCAAGGAAUAAGAUGGCUCUUUAUGAACAGCUAAGUAUUCCCUCUCAGAGGUUCAAUCCUGGGGUCCUGUCUCAUAACCGUCCAAAUAACACUAGCAGUUUGGUUGUCCCCGCAUCCUCGAGCCAGGGGAAUAGCCUUGAAAGAAGUUUUCACUUCCCGCUUCACAUACCUGCAUCAGCACCCACUCAUUGGGCUGAGAAAUUUAUAAGUCGGCAGUCUGAAGGAUCAGGUUCGAACAAUUCAUUGGCACAACUCAAGGAGAGGAAAAAAGUAGGAGAUGAAGACGACUUUAUUGUUCCUGUAUUUGUUCAAUCAGGAACAGGGCAAUGCGUUGAUAAAACUCAAAACAGUAUUGAUAGGGAAAAACUCACUCCCUUCAGCCCUACUUAUUCUGGUCGCUCUGUAAGACACAAAAAUGUUUAUGAUGAAGAUCCAAAAUUAACUACCUCCCCAGCUCUCAGAUUGAGGCAAGAAGUGAGAUGUGAGAGUGAAGAGUGCCCAAAAGUGAAUGGGCCCAGUCAUUCAGUAAAAUCUAGAACAGAUCCAUCAACCAGAGAAAAGAUUGAAGGGCUUGUGAAGGAAUCCAAUGCAACUCAUGAUCAAGAGUAUCAAGAUUUCCCUGUGACGAAUGUUAGCAGUUCAUUUGAUAUUGAUACUUAUUCACAACAAGAGUUCAGAACCAGGUCGCCACUGGUUGACACUAUAUUUGUUGAGUCUGUAAGGGAUGUAGAGAACGGAAAUGGUCACCACCACCUAAGAAGCAUCUCUCACUUGAGAGAGGACAAUAUCAGUCCCAUUGAGCCUGAUAAUGGCAGUGAAUAUCUUGGGGACAGGACAAACAUGUCACUACAAAUGGGAAACUUAGACAAAUGUGAUGAUGUCUCUGAGACCUCCAUGGUGGAUUCUAUAUCGGGCUUUGAUAUCUCUCCAGAUGAUGUCGUAGGAGUAAUAGGUCAGAAACAUUUCUGGAAAGCAAGAAAAGCGAUUGUCAAUCAGCAAAGAGUGUUUGCAGUUCAAGUAUUUGAGUUGCAUAGACUGAUAAAGGUCCAACAACUGAUUGCUGAAUCACCGAAUCUUUUGCUUGAAGAUGGUGCUUUUCUGGGCAAAGCUUCAUUGACGGUUACUCCUGCAAAGAAACUUCCGCUCAAGUAUGUUUUAAAACCGCCAUCGCACAUUGUUAAGGGCAAAGACAAUUCCGAGAAUCCAAACCAUAAAAUGGAAUUUUCUGCAGAAAAUGCGGUUGGGAAGACAUGUCUUUCUUCUGUGAAAAAUGGUAGUCAGCCGUCAAAUUAUGGGCCUUAUCCAGGACACUUGCAGCCAGCAACUAUGGCUACUGGUAAUAAUAUGGGUCCUUGGUCUUUCCAUCAGUCACCUGGGCAUCAAUGGUUAAUUCCUGUAGUGUCUCCCUCUGAAGGACUUAUAUACAAGCCCUAUCCUGGACCUGGGUAUAUGGGAACAGUUUGUGGAGGAGCUGGACCUUUCAGCCCAGCUCCCUUGACAGGUAACUUUAUGAAUCCAGCCUAUGGGGUUCCAGCUUCUCCUCAUCAUCAAGGAAUCGGGAAUCUUCCUGGUACUACUCCACUCGGUCAUUCUUACCUUCCUCUAUAUGGCAUGCCUGUCAUGAAUCCAGCCAUGUCAGGUUCAGCCGUUGAACAAGUGAGCCAAUUUACUGGAACUGUUCCACAUGAUCAAUCUCAGUUUUCCGGAGGUAGAACCAACUCUAACACGCCGCAUCGAAGUUCAUGCAAUGUGCCAAACCAAAAACAUGGAGCUAUUUCACAAGUUGCAAAGUUUCAGGCAUCCAAAGACAGUGAGUUGCAAGGAAGUACAGCAAGUAGUCCCUGUGAGAGAUCGCGAGGUGUUGGGACAGGUUACUCUUCUGAGGGGAGAGAUGCGCUUCCACUUUUUCCUAGGGAUCCAGUCGUCCCAGAGGCAGCUUCUCAGCCUCGUGAAACCGCCGACCAACCAACACGUGUGAUCAAAGUUGUGCCUCAUAAUCCUAGAUCUGCAACUGAAUCAGCAGCUCGAAUUUUCCAAUCUAUACAAGAAGAGAGAAAGCAGCACGACUCGGUUUAGCUCAUCAUAUACAUCAAUCACCUGCUGUUAAAUGAUCUUGGACUCAGCCAAGUUGGUGUCGGGUUUGGUCAUUUCCUCUGUACUCUUUUGGUAAUGGGCUUGCCCUUGUUUAAUUAUUGUGACCUAUAUAUACAGUGUAUUCAUAUGUCGAUAUGUUUCUGGAGGAUCACCACCGUUGAUGAAUAUAUGUUGUCUCUUUCAA